AUGUUCCUGGUUGCAAAUUCACAGCAUGAGUGUCCUCAGAUCUACGUUGCCAGUGGCUUUUCGCCCAUCAAGAUGCUCCUUCCGGAAUGUAACCAAAAGAUGGAAUUCAGUGUCACAACGGCCAGGCUCAGAUCGAAAGCUAUGCCGACUUAUCGUAUUCUGGACCAAGACGGCGUUAUUGUCGACAAGUCAAGGGAACCCUCGGACAUCUCAAACGACCAUCUCAUCAAGAUGUAUAAAGACAUGCUGAAUCAACAGNUCAUGGAUGUAAUCAUGUUCGAUGCUCAAAGACAAGGCCGAGUCAGCUUCUACAUGGUCUCAGCAGGUGAAGAAGGCAUAGCAGUCGGCUCUGCCUCCGCAUUAGACCCCAGUGAUCCCAUAUUUGCUCAAUACCGUGAGCAAGGAAUCUUCAAGUACCGAGGCUUUACACCCGCAGACUUUAUGAAUCAACUCUAUGCCAACAAGCACGACCCAGGUCUAGGCCGCAACAUGCCAAUCCACUACGGAAGCGAAAAGUACCAUAUUCACACCAUCAGUUCACCUCUGGCCACUCAGAUCCCUCAGGCUUCUGGUGCUGCCUAUGCGGUCAAGAUGCAGAACGCCAUGAAUCCAAAAGACACACAACGUUGUGUGGCAUGCUACUUUGGCGAAGGCGCAGCGAGCGAAGGUGACUUCCAUGCCGCACUAAACAUUGCGGCCACCAGGAAAUGCCCUGUCAUCUUCAUCUGCAGAAACAAUGGGUACGCCAUCUCAACACCAACACUCGAACAAUACCGCGGCGAUGGCAUCGCAUCCAGAGGUGUAGGCUACGGCAUCGAUACCAUCCGAGUCGAUGGCAACGACAUCCUAGCCGUCAGAGAAGUCACCAAAGAGGCUCGCAAGAUGUGUCUCGAAGACGGCGGCAAACCCAUCUUGAUCGAAGCAAUGAGUUACCGCGUCUCGCACCACAGCACAUCCGAUGACAGCUUCGCAUAUCGUGCCAAAGUCGAGGUGGAAGACUGGAAGCGCAGAGACAAUCCCAUCACUCGUCUGCGCAAGUGGAUGGAAGGAAGAGGAAUCUGGGACGAGGAAAAGGAGAAAGAAGCUCGUGCUGUGCUGAAGAAGGAGAUCUUGGAGGCGUUCAAGCAGGCUGAGAAGGAGAAGAAACCGGCUCUGAGGCAUAUGAUGGAAGGUGUAUACGAGGAGCUGACCGAAGAGCAGAAGGAACAGAUGGAGAAACUCAGAAGUAUCAUUGAGAAGUAUCCAGACGAGUACGAUGUCAGCGAAUACGAAGGUGGACUUGAUAGUCUGAAG